AUGCUUCGGGUUUGUCUGAGAGGAGCCAGGGCCACAGCCCGGAAGAGCUGUGGAAGGACUCCUCUGACUAACCUACAACACACCAGGCACUACACCUCCGGAGAGAGCAGCGGUGCUCCCAAAGUGGUGGCUGCUGGCCUGUUGAUGGUGAGCGGCGGCAUCGGAGGCACCGUCAUCUACGCCAAAUGGGACCCAAAGUUCAGAGCGGCAGUGGAGAAGAACGUCCCGUACACCGACUGGCUGCUGGGUCUGGCCCUCGGACCGGCCCCUAAGGAUGUCCCGCCCGCCUCCAGGAAGCAGGUGGAGUCAGGCCAGCAUCCCUCUAUGAUGGAACAGCAGAUGAAAGCUCCCAAAGCGGCACUGGAGAAGAAGAAGGAGCCCAAAGAGGCCGUUCCCGUGGCAGCGCCGCCUCUACAGAGCAUGGAGGAGGCUUCAGUAGAGGCUACGCAGAUCAUCUCGGCCAUCAGCGAGGUCACAUCAGUCCCGGCCCCCUGCGACACCGAGGCGGCCGGAGCCCGAGAGGAAUGCGCCGAGUGCCACGAUCACAGCGCCGCCCCGGAGGCCGCCGCCGCCGCCGCCGCUGUCCACCCCGAGACGGAGUCCCCCGGGACGGCGGAGCCACUGACCGAGCGACCGGCCGAAGAAGUGACGGCCAGACUGGCCCUACAAGACCAGGCCGAUCGGGACAAAGUCACAUCGCUGUCGGCCAGUAUCGAGGACUCGCUGGCCAGCUCGGCGAAGGCCACGCUGCAGGCCAUCGGAGCGCAGGAGGCCGCCCUGCAGGCCAUCGUGCAGCACACCAACAAACUGAAGGAGGCGAUGGAGGCCGAGGCUCCGUCCGAGGAGUGGAAGAAUCUGGAAGCUGCUCUCACCGACAGGACCUCUGCCGUGAACGAAGCCAGAGCUGCUCAGCAGAAAGCAAAAGAGGCUUUAGACGGGCUCAGAUCAGUGAUCGAGGACUCCAAAGGGCUGAAGGUUCCCGACGCGCGCCCACUCAUCUUAGCCGCCGAGGAGAACCUCCACAAAAUGGUUGUGGACUUGGAUAAAACCAUUGCUAAGGUUCAGUCUGCAGAGUCCGAGGCGAGGAUUGUGUCCCAGUACAGUGAGCUGGUUAAUGAAGCCAAGCAGCAGUUUCAGAGGGAAGUAACCAGUCUGACCCCAGAGAUCCAGGCCAACUGGAAAGGCCUUACCGGUAAACUAUCGACGGAUGACCUGAACGCCCUGAUCGCCCACGCCCACCGCCGCAUCGACCAGCUGAACCGAGAGCUGGCCGAGCAGAGGGUCCGGGAGCAGGUCCACAUCGAGGCGGCGCUGGAGCAGCAGAAGCUGGAGGACCAGAGAGCCCUGGAGAAGAGCGUCAGCAACGCACUGCUGCACGUGAAAGAGGAGGCCCGGCUGGAGCAGGAGAGAAAGAUGGCGGAGGUACGGGAAGUGAUGGAGGCAGAAAUGAGGACUCAGCUCCGGCGGCAGGCCGCUGCUCACACAGACCACGUCCGAGACGUCCUGAAGGUCCAGGAACAGGAGCUGAGAGCUGAGGCUGAGCAGGUCCUGGGCAGCAAGAUGCUGGAACAGGAAACGCGCUAUCGUCAGCUGACUCAGGAGCAGCUGGAUAACUUCACUCUGGACAUGAACACUGCCUACGCACGGCUAAAGGGGAUGGAGGAGGCCAUCGACAGCCACCUGGUCGCGGAGGACGAGGCCCGCAAGGCCCACCAGCUGUGGCUCUCUGUGGAAGCCCUGUCCUACGCCCUGAAGACGGCCGGCGCCGACGCGCCCACCAUGCCCCUGGAGCCGGCCGCCCAGGCCGUGCGCGAGUGCUGCGGCGGGAACGACUUUGCGUCCUCGCUGGCCUCGGCGCUCCCAGAAGAGUCCCUGCAGCGCGGCGUGUACAGCGAGGCCUCGCUGCGCGCACGCUUCAACUCGCUGCGCUCGCUGGUCCGCCGGGUCGCGCUCAUCGACGAGUCGCACAACUCCCUGUACCAGUACUUCCUGUCCUACCUCCAGGCCGCCCUGCUGUUGGAGGCGGCGCAGGAGGCCCCGCCCCAGCAGCUGAGCGGCGGAGACCUGGACCCCUUCCGGCUCCUGUCCUACGCCAGCUACUGCCUGGAGCACGGGGACCUGGAGCUGGCGGCCAAACUGGUGAACCAGCUGACCGGCGAGGCCCGGAGGGUGGUGGAGGACUGGCUGACCGAAGCCCGGCUCACGCUAGAAACCAGGCAGGCGGUCAGCCUGCUCUCGGCCUACGCAAACGCAGUGGGCCUAGGAACCACCCAGGCUCCCUAG